AUGCCCUCUUACGCCAAGUUCUUAAAGGAAACCCUAUCCAAUAAAAAGAAACUUGAAGAUGACGAGACAGUGGCACUCACUGCAGAGUGUAGUGCCAUUAUCCAAAACAACAUGCGCAUGAAGCUGAAAGACCCUGGUAGUUUUUUUAUUCCGUAUGUUAUAGGCAAGUUUGUCACCGACAAGGCACUUUGUGACUUAGGAGCUAGCGUGAGCCCAAUACCUCUUUCGAUUUGUGAAAAGCUAAACUUAGGAGACUUGAUACCUACGAGACUGUCCCUCCAAUUGACCGAUCACUCAGUUAAAUACCUUGUGGGAAUGCUGGAAAAUAUUCUAGUACGCAUUGGACAAUUCUAUAUCCCUACAUACUUCAUAGUAAUGGAUAUAAAGGAAGACUCUAAUAUACCUACCAUAUUAGAUAGACCUUUCUUAUCCACUGUCGGUGCGAUAAUAGAUGUAAAAUGA